AUGAGGGUGCUCUGUGCUUUUCCUGAAGCCAUGUCCUCCAGCAGCUCCCGCCCCCCCUCGUGCCUAGCCCUGGUGGCUCUCUUCUUGGCUCUGUUGCUCCCUCUCUCCCUCUCCUUCCACGCUGGAAACAGGAGACCUUUGCCUGUAGACAGAGCUACAGGUUUGAAGGAAAAGACCCUGAUUCUACUUGAUGUGAGCACCAAGAACCCAGUCAGGACAGUCAGUGAGAACUUCCUCUCUCUGCAUCUGGAUCCGUCCAUCAUUCAUGAUGGCUGGCUCGAUUUCUUAAGCUCCAAGCGUCUGGUGACCCUGGCCCGGGGACUCUCGCCCGCCUUUCUGCGCUUCGGGGGCAAAAGGACGGAUUUCCUGCAGUUCCAGAACCUGAGAAAUCCGGCGAAAAGCCGCGGGGGCCCGGGCCCGGAUUACUAUCUCAAAAACUAUGAGGAUGACAUUGUCCGGAGUGAUGUUGCCCUGGACAAACAGAAAGGCUGUAAGAUUGCCCAGCACCCUGAUAUCAUGCUGGAGCUCCAGAGAGAGAAGGCGGCGCAGAUGCAUCUGGUUCUUCUGAAGGAGCAAUACUCCAAUACUUACAGUAAUCUCAUAUUAACAGCCAGGUCUCUAGACAAACUUUAUAACUUUGCUGAUUGCUCUGGACUCCACCUGAUAUUUGCUCUAAAUGCACUGCGUCGUAAUCCCAAUAACUCCUGGAACAGUUCUAGUGCCCUGAGCCUGUUGAAGUACAGUGCCAGCAAAAAGUACAACAUUUCUUGGGAACUGGGUAAUGAGCCCAAUAACUAUCGGAGCAUCCACGGCCGGGCGGUAAAUGGCAGUCAGUUGGGAAAGGAUUAUAUCCAGCUGAGGAGCCUGCUGCAACCCAUCCGGAUUUACUCCAGAGCCAGUUUGUACGGCCCCAGUAUUGGACGGCCCAGGAAGAACGUCAUUGCCCUCCUGGAUGGAUUCCUGAAGGUGGCAGGAAGCACAGUAGAUGCGGUUACCUGGCAACAUUGCUACAUUGAUGGCCGGGUGGUCAAGGUGAUGGACUUCCUGAAAACUCGCCUGUUAGAUACACUCUCUGACCAGAUUAGGAAAAUUCAGAAAGUGGUCAGCACAUACACUCCAGGAAAGAAGAUUUGGCUGGAAGGCAUAGUGACCACCUCCGCUGGAGGCGCAAACAAUCUGUCCGAUUCCUACGCUGCAGGAUUCUUAUGGCUAAACACUUUAGGAAUGCUGGCCAAUCAGGGCAUUGAUGUCGUGAUACGACAUUCAUUUUUCGACCACGGAUACAACCAUCUGGUGGACCAGAACUUUAACCCAUUACCAGACUAUUGGCUUUCUCUUCUUUACAAGCGUCUGAUUGGCCCCAAAGUCCUGGCAGUGCAUGUAGCUGGGCUCCAGCGGAAGCCUCGGCCAGGAAGAGUCAUCCGAGACAAACUAAGGAUCUAUGCUCACUGUACAAACCACCACAACCACAACUAUGUCCGUGGCUCUAUUACACUUUUCAUCAUCAACCUACAUCGAUCAAGAAAGAAAAUCAAACUGGCUGGGACUCUCAGGGACAAGCUCGUGCACCAGUAUCUGCUGCAGCCCUAUGGGCAGGAAGGCCUAAAGUCCAAGUCAGUGCAGCUCAAUGGCCAGCCCUUAGUGAUGGUGGACGACGGGACCCUUCCAGAACUGAAGCCCCGACCCCUGCGGGCCGGCCGGACAUUGGUCAUCCCGCCGGUCACCAUGGGCUUUUAUGUGGUCAAGAAUGUCAAUGCUUUGGCCUGCCGUUAUCGAUAAGUCGCCCUGCCCUCUGUUCCUGAGCUACUGGUGGGCCUGCUGGACUGCUCUCUACUCUUCCACACCUGUAGCGCCCUUAUUCCUCAGACACCCUCUUCGCCAACCAGCCUCUACCCCCAUGCUGCUGGGGGCAACAUAGACUCUCCAAAGGCAGACAAAACGUCAUAGUGUGGGCUUAGUCUAGUAGGUGGCAUCUACUCCUAAGGAAAAUGUAGACCUCCUCUGUUUCUAUGUAAAGAUAAAGACGUGUGUCUGUUUACACACGAACAGCUGACAGCAAGCUUCCAGUGCAGUGUUUCCAAACCAGCUGCCUGCGGUCCUGACCACACAGCAUUGUGACUCACUGCAAACCCCAGGCCCUAGCCUAUGGCUGCUACCCUCAGCAGAGGUUGGGGGGAGCAGGGUGUGUGUGUGUGUGUGUGUGUGUGCAAAUCUAAUCCUCUUCUAACUCCUCCUUUGUCUGUUUCCUGCUGCUGCCUCGGGUUUCCUGACACCUCUCUUCCCAUAGGGAGCUAAUGGGUGAGUCAGCUCUGGCCUGCUGGGUGAGCUGUUUAUAUAAUUUCCUGGCUGAUGUAUGAAUGUGUGCAUCUGGGUUUCUGACAGUGGCAUCCAUCACUGGCUAGUCCUCUGGGAACGGGUGCUUCACAAGUAGAAUUACAGUCAUACUCUAAAGUUAGUAAGGUUCUAUUCCUCUGUGAAUCUAGACUCCCUCCAGCUUGGAAUGGGAGUCAGGUAACAAUAUUCAUUGAGUGGAGAGCAAUGCAUUAGUCUCCACAAGAAGAAAUCAUCAUUCUUCAUGCUGCCAGAGGGAGAGAGUUGUAGUACAAAGAAAAAGCUCAUGGAAACAUCAAACCCACACACGCGCACACACACACACACACACACACACACACACACACUGAUCCAACAAAGCAGUUUAGGCCUUGCCCUCAAACUGAAAGGAUUUCAAAGACUCAAGACAGUAAGAAGGCUGUAGUUGUUCGAUUGACCGAAAACCGUGUAGAAGAAGAAAGCAUGAAUGAAGUCACUCACAGCCGACCCGUUCUGCCUCUUCUCACGUAACCGAGUCUUAGUGCAUUCACUAGGAAGAAAGAUUAAAGGUGACCAUUCCGUCCUACUCAGGUGGGUGUGCUUAAGCAUGGUGCGAAGUUGGCUCUAUUAAGGAAGAAUGGGGAACUGGUCUGAAAGCAAAGCAGAUAAAUGGUUGGUGGAAGGCUUCUGAGUCGGGCGGACAGGGGAGGGACUUAGAGUCCACGGCUGGGACCUUUACUUGGCUACAGGGUAUGGGAGUCUUUGGAGACAAGCUGCAGUCACACUGACUUCCUGUGGACAGGACUGACCUCAGGAAACAAAAGCAUGUGAAUGAUGCCGCCUUCAAGGAGAAAGGGGACCCUUGACACUCCUAGGUGCCACACAAGUCAGGGCACCAUUUUGGUGUGAACAGACAGGCCUGGGGAAGCAGCAGAGACAUGUCUAAGAUGCCCAGAGAAAGGGUUUAGUCCCGUUUGCAGAGUGAGAGGCAAGACGAAGGUUAGACAGCAAGGUGCCCCGAGACUGUCGGCUUUCAGAGCUAGGAACUUGGUAGAGGGAGCCACCCAUCUGAUUCCCCUAGAAGGAGGGCAGUGGGAUUGGACUUCAGUGUGCUCAUUUUCAGUAUAGGAAGAGCAUCGCACAGCCGGCACACUAGGCCAUGCAAGAACAGAAGACUGAAGACAGGCUGGACCCGUCAAUGGUCAGCUCAGAAACAUCUGGAAAUGGUGGCCCAUGAGCCUGCUCACCCAGCGAGACACCCAGGGAGCUUCCCUUCCCAGGCACCUUCCACGUAAGCUCCAGCACACACAGAAAGUG